AUGUCCGACAGAAACAUCGAAGACGGUCGUCAAGCGCUCCUCAAUGCCGGCCAUACCGUCGGUGCGCGCGUGAAACGCACCUGGGAGGGCUUCAAAGACUUUGCCCUCCGUGAUAACGUGCUGGAGGUCGCCGUCGGUCUAAUCCUUGCGGCAGCGUUCACGAAGGUUGUAACCUCGCUGGUCUCGGACGUCAUCCUUCCCGUCAUUUCCUUGUUACCGUUCAUCAGCCGCAACCUACCCGACAAGUUCUGGGUGCUGAAGAAAGGUCCCCAUGCAUCCCCAAGGGGACAGGGCUAUAAUACGCUUCAACAAGCGAGCGAUGAUGGUGCAGUGACGCUGGCGUAUGGUAUCUUCAUUGACAACAUCGUCAACUUCAUUGGCAUCGGCAUGGUGCUAUAUGGUAUGGCAAGCUUCUACGGAUGGGUCUCGCACGACUCCAUCAUCACGCAUACUCGAAAAUGCCCCCAAUGCCGUAAGACGAUAAGUGCAAAGGCCAAGCGAUGCGCGUUUUGCACGAGUUGGACUGAUGGUCGUGAUGAUCAAGAAACGAGCGCCCUCUGA